UUGAGUUACUUACCUACAAUGUCAACAGCGUUCGGCGCCAUUUUAGCUGUGCAACGACGGAGCCGCCCUCUUUGCCGUCUCAUACGAAGUCCAGGCAGAGAGACAGAGCUUCCAGUUCAUUGACUCUACGGGCUAAUGGACACCGCAACAGUCAGCCACUUUCUUCCACAUCCUCUCACUCCCGAUCGCCAUAACCGCCGCCUCCUCCUCUACUGCCUCUCCUCGCCGAAGCCCCAACGACUCUUCACUACGCUCUCCUGCUUCAAUGGCCGCCGUCGAACUCGCUGGAAAAAUAAGCUCCAAACGAUCAGCAUCACCCGCACUCCUAGAGUUCCCUCCUCCUCCUUCUCCUCAGAACGGAACUUCCAAAUCGUGAUUGACAUCGACAAACUCACCGCCGAAGUCUCCUCUUUCUUCUACUACAUCUACUACUUUUCCCGUUCCAAAGUUCGCCGGUUUAAAUCGUCGGGAUCGGACGCUUUUGACGACUUGCGGACAUUGGUUGCCUUCGAUCAUCAGAAUCGCAUACUGACCAUCUCGUGUCGGCAUUCCACUGCGAAAUUCGUUGGUCAGUUGGUGCUAUUGAGCAUCGUUGUGCACUUUGUAGUUAAGGGCUUGAUUGGGAUCGGAUCUAGUUUUUUCACCAAAUUUAGUUCUGGACAUACUUCUCCUUUGGUGAGAAGGGACCGGAGCCUCAGUGGAAAAGAGGUGGCUGUUGGUACUGGGAGUAGUGUUGUAGCGCGAGAUAAAGCUGCGGCUUCAUUGAAUCUGACGGAUGUUUCAGAUGAAGUAUCGAAGAAUGGGGUUCGGGUUGGAGAAAGGUUGCCGAAAUGGUGGCCUCCAGCAGUUCCCAGACAGAUUACCACGGCGAAUAGGCAGGAAUAUCAGGAUGAAGCUAACAGAUUAGUCCGAGCCCUCGUGGAUAAUAGAAUGAGUGGGCGGGAUUUCAUGGAGGAUGAUAUUGUUCAAUUGCGUCAAAUAUGUAGGACAUCUGGAGUAAAAGUUUCCUUCAACACCGAAAAUAUGCGUGAUUCAUUCUAUCGAGCAUCAGUGGACUUUGUUUUAAAUAUCUAUAGCAGGACUCCAGUUUCCCCUAACUCAGUUCUCAUUAAUGGCGAGGAUGGUCCAAAUUUUGUUGCUGGGCUUGCUGAAGAUAUUGGCAUUGAGAAUAUUCGUGCUGCCAGGAUAGUUUCUGCUGCUGUUGCUGCAAGAAUGCGUUCAUGCUUUUUACAGGCCUGGGCUCUAGUGAUGCAAGACAGACAAUCUGAAGCAAAUGCAGAGUUGUUGAAGAUCUGUUACAUCAUCCAGAUAUUUCCUCCUGAGGAAUCCUCGCCUGAGAUGGAGAUGUUGACUCUAGGCUUGAAGAAACACUUGAAGGUAGAACAGAGAGAAACGUUAAUGAAUAUGUUUAUUGGUGUUUGUGGUAAAGAUAGUCAUAAGACUGCUGCGGAAGCUCUUGGUUUGGUACUUCCUCCAAACGUUGGCAAUUGAUAUAUAAUCAAAGCGUUUGCACCUGGAGAAGUCCAUUUCCAAGAGCCAUAUCUUACAAAUCAUAACUUGUUAGAAAUUAUUGCUAUCAAGUUUGGCAUUUUCAUUAAUUGGUUCAUCCAUCCAAUAACUAAUUAAUGUGUAUUAUGAAUCACGAAUAUCAAGAUUAUGAACGUUGGUGCUGAAAGUUUUCAUUUAA